AUGGCGAAGCCUGCGGUUACGAUGGAGGUGGGGAACGAUGGUGUAGCAAUCAUCUCCAUCUAUAAUCCUCCCGUCAACUCUAUAUCUUAUCCAAUUCUUGCUGGAAUAAAGGAGAAGUUCGAUGAGGCAGUGAAGAGAGAUGAUGUUAAAGCUCUAGUUGUUUUCGGUAAAGGCGGGAAGUUUUCUGGUGGCUUUGACAUUAAUGUCUUCGGUAAGGCCCGCCAAACUGGAGAUAAUUCUGUUUUGCUAAAGCCUAUUGAUAUCUUGGUCAAUACAAUUGGAGAUUCGAAAAAGCCUGCUGUUGCUGCUAUAGGAGGACUUGCCCUUGGGGGUGGCUUAGAAUUAGCAAUGGCAUGUCACGCACGAGUUGCAGUACCAAAGGCCCAACUUGGUUUACCAGAACUAACUCUCGGAAUCAUUCCCGGCUUAGGAGGCACACAACAUCUUCCAAGGCUUAUUGGACUUCCAAAAGCUAUUGAAAUGAUGCUGUCAUCAAAGUCAAUACUGUCGGAGGAAGGGAAAAGCCUAGGCCUUAUUGAUGAGAUUGCAACUUCCAAUGAAUUGUUAAAUGUAUCCCGGCUUUGGGCCCUAGAUAUUGCCGCACGGUGCAAACCUUGGCUGCAUACACUUCACAGGACAGAUAAAAUAGGUUCCUUUUCUGAAGCACGCAAAGUACUUGAAAUGGCUAGGCAGCAAGCCAAAAAGGUUGCUCCAAACAUGCCACAACACCAGGCAUGUCUUGAUGCCAUAGAAGAUGGUGUUAUUCAUGGGGCUUAUAGUGGUCUUUUGAAGGAGGCAACAGUAUCCAAAGAGCUUGUAAUGUCAGACACUUCAAAAGCUCUUGUUCACAUUUUCUUUGCUCAGCGAGCAACCUCGAAGGUACCUAAUGUUACCGAUAUUGGGCUCAAGCCGAGGCCUGUUAAAAAAGUUGCAGUAAUUGGUGGUGGUCUCAUGGGUUCUGGUAUUGCUACAGCACUCAUCCUGAGCAACACUUAUGUUGUUCUCAAGGAAAUAAACUCUGAAUAUCUCCAAAAAGGAAUUAAAGCAAUAGAAGAAAAUCUGCGAGGUUUGGUGUCAAGGAAAAAAUUGGCUGCGGACAAAGCAGAGAAAGCCCUUUCGAUGCUUAAAGGUGUUCUAGAUUAUGUGGAAUUCAAGGAUGUAGAUAUGGUUAUAGAGGCAGUUAUCGAGAAUAUCUCCUUGAAACAAAGUAUAUUUAGUGAUAUCGAGAAAGCAUGCCCUCCACAUUGCAUUUUGGCAACCAAUACAUCUACCAUUGAUCUUAAUGUAAUUGGAGAAAGGACGAGUUCACAGGAUAGAAUUGUGGGGGCUCAUUUUUUCAGUCCUGCACACGUGAUGCCUCUUUUGGAGAUUGUACGGACAGAGAAGACUUCUGCCCAAGUUAUUCUUGACCUUAUGACGGUUGGAAAGAUUAUCAAAAAAGUUCCCAUCGUGGUGGGAAAUUGCACUGGCUUUGCUGUGAAUAGAGCAUUCUUCCCAUAUGGUCAGGGUGCACAUUAUUUGCUUCAUAUGGGUGUGGAUCCAUUCAGAAUUGAUCGACUUAUUUGCAAGUUUGGUUUGCCGAUGGGUCCUUUCCAGCUUCAAGAUGUGGCUGGAUAUGGUGUUGCUGUCGCUGUUAGGAAAAUAUAUGGAUCUGCUUUUCCCGGUCGAACAUUUGAUUCUUCUCUAGUUGAUCUUCUUAUAAAGAAUGGACGACAAGGUAAAAGUAAUGGGAAAGGAUACUACGUUUAUGAAAAGGGAAGCAAGCCGCAACCUGACCCAUCAGUUUUACCAAUUAUAGAGGAAUCUAGAAAGCUUGCCAACGUAAUGCCAGGAGGAAAGCCUAUCUCAGUCAGUGACAAAGAAGUUGUUGAGAUGAUAUUCUUUCCAGUAGUGAAUGAGUCUUGUCGUGUUCUGGAUGAAGGGAUUGUGAUUCGAGCUUCUGAUCUUGAUGUUGCAUCUGUUCUAGGGAUGAGUUUUCCCUCUUACCGUGGGGGUAUAUUGUUCUGGGCAGAUACAGUUGGAGCUGAUUACAUAUAUAAAAGUCUCAAGAAGUGGUCAGAACUAUAUGGUAACUUUUAUAAGCCAUCGGAGUAUUUGGAACAGAGAGCAACAAGAGGAAUCCCAUUGAGUGCACCCAAAUCAACUGAUUCGGGAUCAAAGUCCCGCCUUUAA